UAAACAUGUAAUAAGAUGUACCUAAGAAGUAUGAAGGUAGAUAUCUCCUUUCGCCAUCAACGGGACUUCCCCUCCCGAAGUCUGUGAUCAGGCUAUUGAGAGUACGUAUUCACAUCUGCAAUGCACCUUCAUUGCAGACUUACAGCGGGGCAUGCGUCUCUAUGGAAGUUAACAGAAGAGGCGUGCCGUUGUGUGGGCGUCUGCUCUCAUCGGCAUGGGGGUAACCUCAUGAUGAACCCAUCACCGGGGGUGGGGGGUGUAUAUAAGGUGUCGUUGAGAAUGUUUGAGUACUUUUUUUUCCCAGGCGACUCAGCUCAUCUCGAAACACAUUCGUUUUUCACAUAAUAAUCCUCUUCGACAUGAAGCUCGCCGUCUCUACUUUGCUUACUGGUUCUUUCUUCCACUCUUUAGUUUCAGCAAUUCCAUUUACUUCCCAGCUAUCACCUCUCACUCUACGUCAAUCUUGUGAAAACACAGCAACAUCUAGAAAUUGCUGGGGAGACUACUCCAUAGAUACUGAUUGGUACUCCGUGACUCCAGAUACCGGUGUUACAAGAGAGUACUGGCUCUCAGUCGAGAACUCAACCCUUGCUCCAGAUGGAUAUGAACGAUUGACAUGUACGUUCAACGGCACCAUUCCAGGUCCGGCCAUCAUUGCCGACUGGGGUGAUAACCUCGUAAUUCAUAUUACCAACAACCUUGAACACAACGGAACAUCCAUACAUUGGCACGGUAUCCGCCAACUCAACAACGUCGAGUAUGACGGCGUUCCAGGGGUUACUCAAUGCCCGAUUGCCCCUGGAGACACCAUGACUUACAAGUUCCAAGCAACUCAAUACGGAUCCACUUGGUACCACUCACAUUUCACUCUGCAAUACAGUGAUGGUCUCCUCGGACCUCUCAUUAUCAAUGGACCAGCCACCGCCGACUACGACGAAGAUUUGGGAUUGCUUUUCCUCUCCGACUGGGGCCAUACUCCUGCCUCUCAGCUCUGGGACAUUGCCAAACUUGGCGCUCCUCCCACCCUGGAGACAGGUCUCGUCAACGGCACCAAUACUUGGGACUGCUCCGACUCUGACGACAAAGCUUGCAUUGGCGGAGGCAAGAAAUUCGAAACGGUCUUCGAGGCUGGGAAGAAGUACAGAAUCCGAGUCGUCAACACCGCCAUUGAAGCUCAUUUCCAGUUCUCCAUUGACGGCCACAACCUCACUGUCAUCGCAAACGAUCUCGUGCCGAUCGUGCCCUAUGAGACUGAGAGCCUUCUCGUCAGCAUUGGCCAACGAUAUGAUGUUAUCGUGGAAGCGAGUGCCGUUGCUGACAACUACUGGCUCCGAGCUGGCUGGGUUACUGCUUGCUCGGCAAACCUCAACCCUACUAACAUCACUGGAAUUGUGAGAUACGACAACACCAGCACCGCGGAUCCCACCUCCACUGGCAUCACCGUCGGCUCUAACUGCGGCGAUGAGCCUCUUGAGAGCCUUGUCCCGUACUUGGCGAUGAAUGUUGGCAACUACACGGAAGUGACUGAGGAGGCUCUUAGCUUUGUUUUCACCAACUACUUUACCUGGACCAUCAACAGCUCUUCGCUGUACUUGAACUGGUCCGACCCAACAAUUCUCAGGAUCUUCAACAAUGAGACGAUCUGGCCGACAGACUACAACGUCGUUCCUAUUGAUCAAGUCGAUUCAAGCGACGAGUGGGCCGUCUACGUGAUCCAAGACAGCUCUAAUCUCGGCCUCGACCACCCAAUACAUCUCCACGGCCACGACUUCUGGAUCAUCGGCCAAGCCACCGGCGUCUUCGACGUCGACACCAGCGCUCUAAACCUCAUCAACCCGCCCCGUCGCGACGUCGCCACCCUUCCCGGAAACGGCUACCUCGCCAUUGCCUUCAGGAAAGACAACCCCGGCUCUUGGCUCCUACAUUGCCAUAUCGCGUGGCAUGCUAGUCAGGGACUGGCGAUGCAGUUCGUGGAGAGUGAGACGGAUAUUGCGGUUAGUAUGACGGAUACGGCGGCUUUUGAGGAUGUUUGCGCGGCUUGGGAUGCGUAUACGCCUACUGAGGUGUAUUUGCAGGAUGAUUCGGGUAUUUGAGAGAAAACAUAUGAUGAUUGGUGUUCUUUCUUUUGUUGGGAUGUAUGGCAGGCUUAGCAGCAUAGUCUUUAAUUUUGAGUUUGAGUGGUUUCUGAGCGAGCGUGUUGGUUUGGAGAACUUUUGCGGGGAAUAGUAUUGGUAAUGGAAAUGAAAUAGUUAUGAUCGAC